CGCAGCACAGCAGCACGUGAACAGCAGCAGCAGCAGCAGCAGCAGAGCAGCAGAAGCAGCACACUCGCAGCAGCAGCAGCAGCACAGCAGCAGCAGCAGCAGCACAGCCGCCGAAGCAGCAUAUCAGCAGCAACAGCAGCAGCACGGCAGGGACAACAACAGCCGCAAAGCCGCAGCAUUAGAAGCAGCAGCAACAGCAGCAGCGACAGCAGCAAUAGUAACAGCAGCAGCACCAGCAGACGCGGCUGCUGCUACUGCUGCUGCUGUGCAGACGCAGCAGCAUCUACGCUUCUCAGCAGCAGCCUCAGCAGCAGCAUCAGCAGCAAUAGCUGCAGCAGCAAUCGCAACAGCAGCAACAGCACCACCGGAAGCAGCAGCAGCACUAACAGCAGUAAGAGCAGCACUAACAGCGGCAGCAGCAGCAGCAGCAGCAGGACUAGCAGCAGCAACUGCAACAGUAGCGGUAACAGCACUAGUGCCAGCAGCAGCAGCAGCAGCAGCAGCAGCAGGAGACCUGUUCAUGUAA